AUGUUCUCUAUGGUAACUGGGUUCAUGAAUUAUGGUCAACAAACAGUACGAGCUGCAAGGUACAUUGGUCAAAGUUUCAUGAUUACUUUAUCCCACGCAAAUCGUUUACCCGUAACUAUUCAAUAUCCUUAUGAAAAAUCAAUCACCGCGGAGCGUUUCCGCGGUCGAAUCCAUUUUGAAUUUGAUAAAUGUAUUGCUUGUGAAGUAUGCGUUCGUGUAUGUCCUAUAGAUCUACCCGUUGUUGAUUGGAAAUUGGAAACUGAUAUUCGCAAGAAACGGCUGCUUAAUUACAGUAUUGAUUUCGGAGUCUGUAUAUUUUGUGGUAAUUGCGUUGAGUAUUGUCCAACGAAUUGUUUAUCAAUGACUGAAGAAUAUGAACUUUCUACUUAUGAUCGUCACGAAUUGAAUUAUAAUCAAAUUGCUUUGGGUCGUUUACCAAUGUCAGUAAUUGACGAUUAUACAAUUCGAACAAUUUUGAAUUCGCCUCAAAUAAAUAAGUAAAUCUCUUAUUAACGAAUAAUUUAUAAUUACUUUACUAAUAACUAAUAUAGAAGGAAUUUAGGUUUCUUUCGUGUUGUUUGGUCAAUAACUACAAAUACCAACUAUUGAUUGGUUGGUAAGAAACGCGUCUUAAUUUGGAUUGAAAAUCCAUUAAUUAAUAUAUCCAUAAUUGUUUUAAAAUAUAUCGUUUAGAAUUAGAACGACUCUUUCAGAUAAAGAAUGAAAUUAGUCCAAUAAUAGUACUCACAUUUAUUCAUAUCCCUUAGUA